CAGUCUCACUAAAGGUUUUCAUCAUCUGUGAUUUUUCUUGAUAAAUGACACCUAUUUUGAAAGUGUGCUCUAAAUGUGACACCAUGAUGAUGGAUCAGAUAACGAAAAAAAUAAAUUCCUCUUUAAUAUCACGUCUUCAGUGAAGUAAUAUAGCACAGUCUGCUGAAUCUGCUGCUACACCCGCAUAGUUGCUUAUCUGAGUGUUCUUCUACUUCCAACUGAUUAGCUGAGGUCAGUCAUGGAAAAAGUAACCAUUCAGAGAUAAAAAAUAAAUAAAUAAAAAAGCCCAGUGAGCACACUAUUUUGUCCAGUGAAUAGCAUGCUUUUAAGAGGAAGUUCUGAGAAAAUCUGGGUAAUAGACACAGACAAGAGGACCAACAACUGACAAGACUAACAUUAUAAAAUCUCUGCAAACAAUGCAUGUAUUAUUAUUAAGUACUCCCAAAAAUACUUUACAGGCCAUAAACCAAUAAAGCAAGUUAUAACAGAGAGCUUCUUUGUGAGCUCUAGACCAGUAAGUAAAUUAGACAUUUUUAGGUGAGAUGUUCCUUCUGAAAAUAGCCCUAAAUUUACAGUAAUAAAGACCUCAAAAUAGCUUUGUUGGAGUUAUUGUUUUGGAAACUGAUAAUACUAAACCGUCUACAUUGAAACAAGUGAAUGAAUGAAAAGGCUUGGUUAAAAAUGGCAUUAGAGAAGUUAUUUAAAACCCCCAAUGGGGAACAAGGGUCAAUUGUGCUGCCAAAACCCUGGAGCAGGCAGAAGAGGACUUUUGGGAGCUGACCACUGAUUGGUCAGUGAGACAGAAGAGGGCGGUCUCAAUGAAUUAGUGAUAGACGCUAAAGGCAGAUAUCCUGCAGUGAUCAAACCCUGGGUGAUCUGACAGUCCAGUGUUUGAAGUGAUUAUCAUGCUAUGCAACAUAAAGGCUUACCCCCAGCUUUGGGCCUAAUUAGUUCACUUAGGGCCCUUAUAAGACAUUUGUAGGGGACUGGAGGGGACAGACACUCACUGAGAAGUCAGCAGAUCAACAGGAUAGUAGCAGCAGACCUGGAUGCCUAAAGUUGACCUGCUGCUACACCAAAACAAACCAAACUGAAGAUUAUCUGCUUUUCUGAGAAUGCCACACUUAACUGACUGCAGUUACUACAUGAUGCGGGACGCAACCAGAGCUUCAAAUGUACAAAGCCACCUGGAGAACUCCAAGUUCCACCUCCACCAGAGCCAGAAUCAGCAGGUCAAGCAGUACCUGACGCUGGGUUCCAAGCUGGCCUCAUCGGCUGGGCAGGGCCACGCGGUGCCGCAUCCACACGCCCCUGGCCAGCCACUGGCCACCGUGCCGAUCAUGAGGAAUGGACACAUGCCCUCUGUCAGCGACAGCAGCAACCCCAACAGCCCUGUCACCCUGCUCACUAUGGCCAAUCAUGACAGCGAGUUUCCAAUGGAUGAAGUUAUUGAUGACCUAAUUAGUCUUGAAUCCGGUUUCAAUGAUGGAGGCUUGGAUUGCAUGGAGCCUAACAUCAUAAUGCAAAACAAUGUGUCCCUCAGUAGCAGCAUGCUGGACGUCUAUGGGGGUGAACAAGGUAUGAACGCCCCUAAUGGUGGAAUGAGUCCCACAUCUAACCCCACAAAGCUCACUGUAAAAAGGGAAUACACAGAACACGACACAAGGGUGAUGGCCAAAGAGAGACAGAAGAAAGACAACCAUAAUUUGAUUGAAAGAAGGAGAAGAUACAACAUCAACUACAGGAUUAAGGAGCUGGGGACCCUCAUACCAAAGUCGAAUGACCCAGACAUGCGCUGGAACAAAGGCACCAUCCUGAAGGCCUCGGUGGAGUACAUAAGGUGGCUGCAGAAGGAGCAGCAGCACGCUCGGGAGCUGGAGAGCCGACAGAAGAAGCUGGAGCAAGCGAACAGGAGGCUGCUGCUGAGGAUCCAGGAGCUUGAGAUCCAGGCACGAGCACAUGGCCUCCCAAACAUGGCUACAGCCUUGGGGACAGUUGAACUAUCCACCCACCUCCUCAAACAGCAACAGCAGCAACAGCAGCAACAGCAGCAACAGCAACAGCAGCAGCAGCAGCAACAGCAGUCGUCUCCCCAGGCCCACCAGGCCCAGCAGCCCCAGCAGCCCCCCCUGUACCAGGAAGACCCCAGCAGCGACUACCUCCAGAGGCUAGCUGUGGUGGCUGGGGUGCCUUCCAUCCCCACUGCCAGUGGGCCACAGGAUCACAUCACAGGCACUGAUGGCUGCACCACGUUCUCUGACCCGCUGUCCCACUUCACAGACUUCUUCAGCGCUACGCUCAAGGAGGAGCACCGGCUGGACGAGAUCCUGAUGGACGACCCGCUCUCGCCGUUUGGCACCGACCCUCUCCUGUCAGCCGGCUCGCCUGGAGCUGCAUCCAAGGACAGCAGCCGCAGGAGCAGCUUUAGCUCUGCCGGGGGUGACGACCUAUAAUGGGGCCCCUCUUCAGAACAUAUUCUUGUUAUCUCCUCAUGACAACACGGUUGUAAUCCCCAGUGUUAAAGGGCACACACAGAGCCUCUAAAAGACUGAGUGACGGCUCCAGGCAUACGAUGAUGACCACUCACAGGGUUGCAAGUAAUUUAAAUGACAGCUGACACACCUGACAGAGCCCCACAAAGUGCCACCCUGUAUAUAAAAUGUGUAAUCCUUGUUCCUUCUCUAAAGCUCAGCGGAACCAAAAACAUCCCAAGGAUCUUCUGCUGCACCACCUGCUCUUUUUUUGAAUUUUUUAACUUUACUACAGACAAUGAAUAUGUUUCUCUGCCUCCCAGACACAGCAGAAACAGACUCAGAAGAAAAAGGGAGACACUUAUCAGCCUUUAUGUACAUAAUGUAAAUGACCAAGUCUGCUGUUUGUUUGUUUGUUUUUUGGUAAACACUGUGGUAGCUGUACACUGUAACAUGCAAAAUAAUCACUGAAAACCUGCCCCAACUGUCUGUUUUUAAUGAAAAUACCACUCCUCUACAAAAGGAUUUUCAACAGUUGCUGUCAGGAUUGUGAUUAUGUGAUGUGCCUUAUUUGAACUGCCAGUUUGUCUUAAAAGAAAAUCAUGUAACUGAUGUACUCACUGCCAUGUCUAACAUGUCCUGUGUCACUGUCUGUGUCUUUUUAGGUGUUUUUGUUAAAUAAGUGUUUGUGUAUUUAUAUAUGUUUUAAUCCAUGUAUUCAUAAAAAAGAUAUAUAUUA